AUGGGAAAACUGACAAAGAAGGCAGCAGAGCAAGCUCAGAAGACAGCAAAGAACCAAAACCCUACUCUCAAUCAGUUUGGAUUUGAUGAUGAGGAAGAGAAUUUACCGGAUUCACAGACUUCACCUGAUCCAAGGGAUGAAACACCACUUGCCCCAAAGGUUGGAAGGAAAAGGAGUUUCACCCAAGCAUCCGAGAAUGAGAAGAAUGAUGAUUUUGGGGCAGAAAUGCAGAAAAUGUUAGACAGUUUUGGCGCUGAUGUGAGCAAGACCUUAGUAAGUAAGAGGAAGAGGCUUGAACAGUACACACAAAGUACCAUAAAGACAAGUAACAGGAGGAUUGAAGAUAUCUGGAAGGUGCAGCAAAAUGAAAGACAAAAGUUGAACGUUGAAUACUGCAAACAAGUGGUGAAUGUGUUCAACCAGUGGGAGACUGAUCUGGAGAAAGUCAAAGAUCAAGAAGACAAACUGACAAACCUUCUCCGUCAGCAGCAGAAGUUGUUCCAGCAGACACGAGUUGUCCAGAGUCAGAGGCUUAAGACAAUCAAACAGUUGCAUGAGCAGUACACUAAGAGCCUUGAAGAUUUAGACCAGUGCCACCAGGAUCAGCAGAGCAGUGUUCAGAGUGAGCUGAAGAAGGAGAUGUCAUUGCUACAGAAGAGAAUACUCAUGGAUACGCAACAACAAGAAAUGGCAAAUGUCCGCAAAUCGCUGCAGACUAUGCUGUUUUGAUAAUGAUGCUUGAAACAGACUGUUGACACCGGUGGAGUAACAGGCCUGAGCAGUGAAGAAGACAGAGAUUCACAUCUCCUGCAGAUUGUGACAACCGAAGAUAACAUGACAGUGCAAAGACUGCCACCAAGAUUUGGGAACCACCAAGGAGAUCUC